AUGUCUUCCUCCCCAUCGUCCCCAACGGUCAAUAACAAACACGGCACUGUGGUCGGCGACAGUGCCCGUAAUCCAGGCUCGGAAGCUGAAAAGUCCCUCCGAUACACGGAACUGGAACACUCCUCGAGGUUAUGGCAAGCCCUGCAGCUAUACUAUCCCGCCGUCCUAUGGGACCUCUUCAUCAACCUGGCCACUGUGCUCAAGGGCAUGGACGGCACCAUCGUCGGCUCGCUCGUUGGCCUGGACCCGUUCAAGCGCCAGUACGGCUACGUCUACGAUGGCCAGUACGUCAUUGAGGCUCGCUGGCUGGGAGCCUUCAACUACGCCAAUCUCGCCGGUGCGGUCGUCGGAGCCGUGCUGGCGGGGUUCGCCUACGACCGACUCGGUCCCAGGACGCCCGCGCAGCUGUUUGCGGGGGAGCUCCUGAACGGGAGCGUCAUUGCCUUGUACCCUAUCUGCGCGUCGUCCUACAUCGGCGAGGUAUGCCCGCUGGCCCUGCGCGGGUUUGCCGCCUCGAUGACCAAUCUCGCCUUUGUCGUUGGCCAGUUCAUUGCGUCGGGAAUCCUCAAGGGCACGCAGAUUCUGGAUGGCAAAGAGGCAUACAAGAUCCCGAUUGCCACACGGUGGGCUCUCCCGGCCACGAUGCUGAUCCUCAUCUUCUUCUGCCCCGAUCCGCCUUUCUGGCUGGCCAAGGGCGGGAAGGAUGAUCGUGUGGAGAGGUCUAUCAGGAGGCUCGCAUCUAAGCACGUUGAUCCUUCACUCAAGCUAUCACAUGUCUAUGAGACGCUACGUCUUGAAUCACUAUAUAUGCAAGCCGAGGGCGUGCCGUCCAUCUUCGAGGUCUUCAGGAGGGCCAACCUACACCGCCUCGUUAUUUGCGUCAUGGCAUACGACAUGCAGGCCUUUACGGGGAACAUCUCAUUCAUCAACUAUGCAGUCUAUUUCUUUGAGCUGGUCGGCCUUGACUCUUCUAAUGCGUUCAGCAUGAACUUGGGCCUCACCUCUAUCGGCUUUGUGGGAAGCUGCAUGUCGUGGUGGAUUCUGCCCUACGUCGGCCGCCGUGCUGCCUACAUCGGGGGGACAGUGACGCUGAUGAUUCUCUGCUUCGUCAUCGCCACGUUGGACUCUGCUCCUUCUUCCAACGCAGCUGCACCCUGGGCGCAAUGUGCCCUCAUCAUCACCUGCAAUUUCGUCUACGAUAUCACCAUUGGGCCGUACUGUUUCGUGCUCUUGGCCGAGGUCUCGUCGGCCCGCCCCAGGGGUCUGACCAUCGGCCUGGCUACGGUGACGUGCUACCUUGUCUCUAUCUUUUUCGCCGCCAUCAUCCUGUACGCGAUGAACGAGGAUCGGGGUAACUGGCGAGGAAAUACCGGCUUUCUGUAUGCUGGCUUGUCGCUUCUAUGUGCUGUCUACUGCUACUUCUGCAUGCCCGAGACUAAGGGCCGUACGUUUGAAGAGCUGGACAUUUUGUUCUAG